AUGGGUGGAGGAGGCGUUGGUGGUGGGGAAGAAUUCAUUGUAGAGGUAGAUUCAGCCAUAGGAAGAUGUUGCGCGAGCGGAAACGGAGAGAAGAAGAGGAUCAAGAAGCUCUAUGAUACCAUAAAGGAAUUAUAUGUUGACAGUUUGCUUGGUGCUCGAGGUGGUGCUUUCGAGCAUGAGGCCACUAGAAGAAUGAGGAAUGAGUUCAUGGCAGCUUGGGAUGGAUUAAGGUCAAAAGAAAAUCAAAGAAUCCUUAUUCUUGGUGCCACUAACAGGCCAUUUGACCUUGAUGAUGCUGUUAUUCGUCGCUUACCAAGAAGUGAGUUUCUCUCAGCUGAUGCAUUAUAUAUAUAUGAGAAAGGUCAGAACAAGUACAAUACAAAGGAAAAGGCUACAGCCUAUGACCCUUUACUCCUGGGGGUUGACAAGAUAAUGAUGAAGGCGGUGACCCUUGAUGACGGGUUCAACCUGUUGACACCAAAGAAGAUAAUUCUUGGUGUCAAGUUUUUCGGAGAUGGUGAGAGAAGCAUAUGUGAUAUCUUAUAUAUUUGUUUUUUGGUUUUUUUGCUUAUACAGUGGUUUGGAGAUGCUGAAAAACUAACCAAAGCACUCUUUUCGUUUGCCAGCAAGCUUGCUCCUGUCAUUAUUUUUGUUGAUGAAGUUGACAGUUUGCUUGGUGCUCGAGGUGGUGCUUUCGAGCAUGAGGCCACUAGAAGAAUGAGGAAUGAGUUCAUGGCAGCUUGGGAUGGAUUAAGGUCAAAAGAAAAUCAAAGAAUCCUUAUUCUUGGUGCCACUAACAGGCCAUUUGACCUUGAUGAUGCUGUUAUUCGUCGCUUACCAAGAAGGUAAACUUUAAGAUUCCUCUUAGAAAGUUAUCAGCUAAAUGGCUGUAGUCAUUUAUCACAUUUUUGAAUUAUGACUGUCCCAUGUUCUGUCUGUUUUUCAUACUGUCUUAUAUUUUUUUAUCCAUGUCUAGUUUGUGCGACAUCACUUGCUACUUUCUGGAGGUGAAUAUACUUGAGAUUUAAAAUAUGGCAAAAUCAGUGAGUUUCUCUCAGCUGAUGCAUUAUAUAUAUAUGAGAAAGGUCAGAACAAGUACAAUACAAAGGAAAAGGCUACAGCCUAUGACCCUUUACUCUUAAGCUAGAUAUGGCCAAAAAGCAGCUUUAUAAAGCUAUACAACUUAUAAUAAACAACUAUUUUAACACUCCCCUUAAGCUGGAGCAUAUAAAUUGUAUGUAUCAAGCUUGGAAUAUAGAUUGAAUCCUAGAUUCUUAGUUAGAAUGUCUGCAAGCUGAUUAUUAGUGCUGAUAAACUCAAUACUAAGUUCCUUGAACAACAGUUUCUCCCAAACAAAAUGACAAUCAAAAUCAGUCGUAAUGUUUGGUUCUCUCAUGAAACAUUGGAUUGGAUGCAAUAUGAAGGGCUGCUUGAUUAUCACAGUUCAACUUCAUCAACUUCAUCCACACUAGUUCACAAGUAGCCAAAGCCAUAGAUCUAUAUUUUGCUUCUUCACUAGACCGGGCAACAACACUUUGUUUCUUGUUCAUCUAGAGAUAAUAUUCCCUCCUUUAAAUAUUUCCCUUGUCCUCAUACAACAAUCCUUAUCUUGCAGUCUUUUUGACAUAUUUGAGAAUGCAAAUCACAACAUUCCAAUGGUCAAUGUGAGGAUUCUGCAUGAAUUGACCAACAACUCCGACUGCAAAACAAAAACAAAAAAUAUUAGAUCUUGUAAUAGUGAAAUAAAUGAGUUUCCCACCAGCUUCCUAUACCUCUGGAUUUGAAAGUUUCACCUUUGUCUCUGGUUUGGGUGCAUAUGACUAUCAAUUGGCUUG